UUGUUGCUCGACGCAGACAACAGUGUCGCUUAGGUAAUUGAUUCCUCCGAAUUUCGCUUACAAUCCUAGAAUGUCGGUUGUUGUCCACCAACAUAAUUAAUGGCUCUGCCGUCCAUCAAUAGGAAGAGACGGGCAGUGCCCUACAGUAAAUGUAACAACAAAGAUGGGUCGAGAUAGGUCCCCUUUGUGGAUGGAAGAUACACGUUGUGUGCAGAAGCCCGAAGCCUCGUCCACGCCGCGCGUUAUCCCCGCCUUUGUUCCAGCACUGCUUAUUGGGCCACUUGGAAACCAAGUAGGUAUUCCAACGAUGUUAUGCUGUGGCUUGCGCCGUGUGGAUGUUGAUCUCGAAGAUGAGAAGAUCAUUGUGUUGAUCGGGCCCGUAGGGUCAGAGAAGGUUGCUUUUGUACGACAGAUCAUGAAUAAUGCUCUGGGGAGGGCAUCCGCCUUGAACCACGCAACACAUCGGCUCACAGUAACAAGGAUGAAUUUAAGGGGUGUCAAAGUUGCCCUCCUCGACACACCCGAGAUCGGUUCCUUCACGGAUGGCAGCAAGAUAACUAUAUAUCACGUUUUCCGCCUCGUACGGGACUGGUGUAUGAGAUCGAGUCGUUUUCUUUUCCUGGCUGGUAUACUCUACUUUCAAAACAUGGACGCUACACAACCUGUGCUUCCCGAUAUUCAGUCUUUCAGCGGACUUUGCGAAGGCAUUAACUUCUACUCGUCUAUUGUUUUGGUUGCUACAGGGUGGAGCAGGAUAACCGGCGUUUGGUGGGCCAAGCUUGCCGAGUAUGAAAAUGGGUUGUGGAGGGAUCUGAUACGCAGGGGUGCCAGAGUGUUUCCCUUCAGGAACCCUGACUUGGCUAUGGAUGCCAUUGCCCUGCUCACUGACCCAAACAUGGCUCGUGAAGGAUUACUACAAGGAUGAUAUGGUCAGAUGUCUCCUAUGGUAUCUACUCAGUGAACCAGCUAAGUAACAUGGGUAAUGGUAGACACACUUCAGUCAUUGUAUACAGACAAUAGGAU